AUGGGCAAUUUGUUGAUGUUGCAUCAGGAAGAAACUUUCCAACAUAUGACCCUCGUACUGGGGAAGUGUUUGCCCAUGUCGCUGAAGCAAUUGAAUGAUCGCCUCUCAUUGUUAAGAUCCAUUGUCCCUAAGAUAAGCAAGAUGGACAGGAGGUCUAUGCUUGGAGAUACUAUAGAAUACAUGAAAGAACUCCUAGAGAAAAUCAACAGUUUGCAGCUAGAAAUUGAUCAAGGGAGUUCAAACAUUACGGGCAUGUUCAAGAAUGUAAAACCAAAUGAAGUCUUGGUUAGAAAUUCACCAAAGUUUGAUGUGGAGAGGGGGAAUGUGGAUACAAGGAUUGAGAUUUGCUGUGCAGGGAAGCCAGGGCUGUCGCUAUCAACAGUGAAUACCUUAGAAGCAUUAGGCCUUGAGAUUCAACAAUGUGUCAUUAGCUGUUUCAAUGACUUUGCAAUGCAAGCUUCUAGCAGAGGUACCGAAUUUAGAACCGUACUAAGUUUUGAAGACAUAAAACAAACAUUGUUCAGAAAUGCAGGAUAUGGGGGAAGAUGUCUUUAA